CUUACCCUGUUGUAGUAGCUGCUAUUAUUAAAAUGAUUUACUUAUGCUUCAAGGUAGAAUACGUUAGGAAUGGGCAGAUAUUUGAAGAAAAUUGUGAUAGAUUGAAGGGGUCUUAUUUUGGCUCAAAAUGGCGACGGGACAGCCAAAGCUUUGCUUGUGAUUUUCUAAAGCGGUGGACUUGUUCAUGGAUGUUAAUGUUCAGAGGUGGCAGAAAAAUGGAUGGGGAGGAGGGUGGCGAGGAAGGGCUGACAACUGCUGCUGGUGCGUGGACCACAGCCACGUACCAGACCCAGGAGCUCAGCAAUGUGGUGCACAUCAUUGUUCCAGACCUCACCUGCAUACCUCAAGGUAUGUCACCGAAUGAUGUUUCUGGCAACAGCCUUAAUGAGGUAGCUAAUGGAGGAGCCCUUGUGGGGCAUGAAGAGAAUGGGCACUCCCAGGUAAAAGAUCCACUGUCAGCCCUUGCAGCUGCUGCAGAACUUGACCAAGUUCGUAAUGAUGUUGCAGUGGUUGAACAUAUGAUGGAAGAAACCAAAUACAGUCACCUGGCCAAUGAGAUGAGUGGUGCUGAGCAACAAGGUGUUACAGUAAUGGCAGAGGAUCAAGAUGGGAUGCAUCAUGGUGUUGUAGAAAAUUUACAGAUGGAAGAAAAGGUAAUGCCCAUGACACUACUGCCUCUAGCUCCAUUUCUACACCCUGAUGAUCCUGAUGGAAUGUUCUACAACGAAGUGUAUCAUUACCUUAGUUCUGGUACCUUCCCAGAAGGUGCUACAGAUACUUACAGGAAAGUCAUCAAGAAGCGAGCUACAAACUACUUGAUAAAUGAAGAAGGGCGACUGUCAUAUGGUCAUAGGAUGCCUAAAGAGGUCAUAACUAGUGCUGAAGAACAGCGGCGUAUCAUAGCAGCAGAACAUAUUGACCAAAUUUCAGGUGUUCAUUUUGGAGUGAAAAAGAUGUACAGCAGUAUAUUUAGCAAGUAUUAUUGGCGCACUAUGUAUGUAGAUGUGGUAACUACUGCAGACGAUGUGAAAAAAUGUACUGAAGUUGCGGUGUCUAGUUUCCGUGACCUGAUACAAACAGAAACUGGAGAUGACGGAGGUGAUGAUGAUGUUCAGAAGAUCACGACUCUGCCAACUGACCGAAUUAUUCGUGUAUGGAAAAAGGUGCAAGUAAAAAUCUACGGCCCAUACAACAGAACAGUUUAUGGCAAUGAGGUGUUGGUGACGAUUGUUGACCCUUUCUCACGGUGGAUCAUUGCUCAAGCCAGUCCUGAGGGAGGGGUGGAAGUCUGUUGUGCAAAUUUCAUCUUUGACACCUUCUGUCAGUUUGGCUUUGCACAGUGUCAUGUAGUUGGAAUGAGUUCUGAAAUGUUUGAGCAGAUGCAGGCAUGUUACAAAGAAAAAUUUGAUAGAGCUCAAGAUGUUCUCCGAAGCUUGGUGCCUUUUGAUUCACAAGAUGCUCAGCAGAGUUUUCUCUUCACUUUACAAGAAGAAUCACGGGAGUGUUCUUGGGCAGGUGAAAUGCUAGAUCAUUUUUGCACUGAGAAUGCAGCAACAUGGGACCAAGAAAUCAGUCGUUACCUCUUCCAGUUUCGCACAACAUCAUCAUCUGUUGGUGGAGUCACACCCUUCAGUAUUAUGUUCGCUCGUAAUCCCACAGGAUAUGUUAGCGAGGAGGAAAAAGAGAAUAUCAAUAUUCUAGAAGAGGAAAAAGCUUUAGAAGUGCCAUCCAAGAGACGGCGGCUCCAAAGUUCUACUCUGCAAUGUCGUCAUUGCCAUGAAACUUUCACAAGUAAGAUCAGUUUUCGUAUUCAUCAACGUAAACACACUGAGGAGGCUCGAAAACGAGGUACAAUGGAUGGAGAAGAACCACUUCGGCCAAUUCUUCAAGAAAAGAAGCCUCAACCUCGAAAGCUUUUAUCACGCAAGAGGAGGAGACCUUUUGGGCGAGGUCCUGAACGCCUUUUGACCCUAGCCUCAUCCGAUUGGUCGGACCAGCAAAAAGAAAGUGUUCCAAAUGAUGAAAGCCGACAGCAGCUAACUCAUGAUACAGUUGCGGCAGUUAAAGCUCUUCUCAAUGCUACAAAAGAGGAAAGAAGUAAGCGUGGAAAAUAUAUAAAGUAUACCCCAGAAUUACGAGAUGAGAUUGCUCAAUAUGCCCUUGCACAUGGUAAUCAUGAAGCCACUGUUUAUUGGUCACAUAGACUUGGUGGUACAGUAAGUGAAAGUACUAUUAGAAACUUUAUUAAAACAUAUAAGAGCUAUACCCCAGAAGUUAAGGAAGAAAUUGGAAAGUUUGCAUUUCAGUAUGGCAUAGAUGGAGCUUCUAGCCAUUUCUCUGACAAAUUAGGCCAUGAAGUUAGGAAAGGGUUAAUAAGAAAAUUUAAAAAGAAUUAUUUAAAAAAAUUCCCAGGAAUGGAUGAACUUGGAGGGGAACUUCAAGUGGCUGCAACUGGAAAACGAGGUGUAAAUGCAUCUAGUACAUCUGCAAGGCAAAAACGAUCAUUUUCUUUGCAAAUGAAAGAUGAAAUUGGACGAUAUGCAACUCAGUAUGGUAUAACUGCAGCCAUUCAGCAUUAUUCAGAGAAACUUCAGUUUCUUGUUAAGGAGUCUACUGUGCGUAAAUUUAAAAAACAGUUUGUAGAUCGUGGUAAUGUUAGUGGUGUAGCUACGAGUGGUGCUGCUGAAAAUACUGCUGUUGUGGGUAGUGGCACUGUCUUGACAGACCACCAGACAGCAGCACCUCAAACUAUAGAUGUUCUUCACUCUUCUCUCUCAGUACUAAAUGCUCCAGCUGUUUCUGGUACUGUCAAUGUAAGUACUGCAAACAAUUUUGUGUAUCAACAUCCUUAUCAUUUGAAUAUGGCACCAGGUCCUCAGGCAAAUACUGUUCUUCCUAUGAAUCACAAUUCUCUAACAUUCCAUCAGGGUGGAGUCAUUAACCAAGGGAUGACUGCUUCUCUGUCAUACCAGCAACCUGGAGCACCUCCUGGGUCCUCAGUUAUUAUGAACCAAAGUUUUACUCAUCAAGCCCCAACAGGAUUUCAGCAGGGAUAUGUUGGUGGGUUCUCUCAGGGUGGUGGUUCAGGAGGGUCAACACAUGGACAAAUUACACCUCUUGCGAUGACUCAUACAAGUGUACCAGCUACCAGCAUGGCACAUUCUCCUUUACCACUCACUAUGAGUGGGGCACCAGCAACGCACAUUACACAGCUGAGUCAUCACAGUGUAGGUGCUCCUGUAAGUCAAGCUCACCUCACUCAGGCUUCUACUGUGCCUCAUACUGUUGCCAGUGGAGUGCAGCAUCCAGCUCACCAUCAGCUGAUCACAUCAUUCCAUCAACCUUUAGCUGGCUCUCUUAGUUUUGAAGGUGGUGCCUUACAAGCACAUGCACAAGCUAACUUGAACAAUGAACCUCUUAGCCUUAUGAAGGAAACUCAUGAACAGUCUACUGGGGUUAGUUUAGGAGGCCAAGGGGAUGAUAGUCUACAUGGUCCUGGCACAGAUGGGACUGCACAAACAGGUCUUGGUCAUAUGGGAGAGCAACCUGGCCCAUCGGAUCAACAAGACAAUAUUCUUGGAAUUGAAGAUGAAGAUGAAUAUAGUGAUCCUCCCACGCCAAGGAAAAAAUUACAUAAAGUUCGGACGAAAAUCAGAAAAGGAAAUACUGGCUUGAGUAAACGAGGUAAUUAUGCUUCAUAUAGUCCAGAACUUCGUGCUGAAAUUGGAAAGUAUGCAGCAGAACAUGGAAAUUUGGCAGCAGUUCAACACUUCAAGGAGCAACUAGGGUUUGAGAUACCUGAAAGUACUGUUCGAGGAUUAAAAGACAAAUACCUCAUAAAGCGUGUAAGGGGCAAGAAGGAAGUUGUGUCAAUUGGAUUUGCUCAAAGAGGGAGACCCAUGAGAUUAGGAAAAUAUGACGAGAUCGUUCAAGACUGCAUUCGACAAUUAGUCAAGGAUGGAGAGAAGGUUUCCUCAUUUUUGGCCAUCGCAACAGCUAAACAGGUGUUAAUGCAGUACGAGCCUAGUCUACUGGAAGAAUAUGGGGGACCCGUCAAGUUAAACCCAACAUGGGCAAAGAGCUUCCUUAAACGUAUUGGACUUCAUCAGCUGGCAUAAUAUUUCUGUGAUCCUCAAGUAUUAUUUAGCAGCAUGAUCUCAUAACGUUCUUUCAUAUUUAUAAAAUAUCCUUAGUGUUACGGGGUUUUGAUAAAUAUUGUUGACAUCAUCAUAUUUUAAAAGACUAGAUUCAUAAUACUGUUGCCAGACAAAUGUUUUAACAUUACUAAUGCCUGACAAUUACUACCUCUUACUGCUACCUCCAUUUUUUGGAUGCACAGUGUAUCACUGUUUUAAUUUUUUAAUAAUCAAGUUACAGGGUAGUUCUUGUUAAAUUAUCAAGUUUGGUUGCUAUGAACACCAAUAUCAGUUGCUUCAUUUGAAAUGUUCAAUGCAUUUUUCCUCAUACCAGUUGAAAGCUAGCUUAGUUAAUAUUAUUAAUAGGUUGUUGAAAUUUAGUAUUUUAGUUAAUUUAUUUUUGGUUUAUAAUAACUUAUUGACUUAAACACAGUAUUGCAUAGUAAGCAGUUUUCCCUACUAAAUGUAAAUCAUUCUGAUGACACAAUUUAUUUUGUACAAGUACAAAAGCCUGUUGACUAGAAUCCCAUGAAGGUGCCAACAAUGAAAUUUUAAAUAAAAUGUAAAAAAAAAAAGAAAGUACCUACUGGCUUCUCAGAAUAACAUUGCCACUUUACUUCUUAUACAGUAUAGCAUCAGGGUAAUGACCA